AUGUGCUCCUCCGAUGUUGGAAAAAUCGUUCUUAUUCUUAUGGCUGGUGAACAUAAAACACAGAUUCGAGAUGAUGAGUCAACAAGAGCCGCACUGACUGAUAACACUCAAAAUUAUCAACAGAGAUAUAUUGUGCUAUAUGAAGACACCGUUUAUCUGCUACGCAUCCAAUUGGAAUGCAACAGACCAUUAAGAACAUUGCCAGUUGAUAACAAUUGUAGCCUUCUUCAUGAUGUUAUUGCCUACAUCGAUUUCAACAAUGAUGGGAAAUUUGACGAUACAGAAUAUGCAGCUACCUAUCGCUGGCCACUCACUAUCUAUUUCCCAAAAGGCAUCUAUGAUCUACAAAUAUAUGUACCGGUAAUUGAUAAAACAAAGAUUAAAAGUGGACCACAUGUGUUACGUCUCGAAGUAAUGUUACAUGAACAAUAUCGUCAAAUAUGUGGCAAGAACUACUAUAAAGAGACGCGGGAAUAUAAUGUCACUAUUAUUCGAAAUACGAAUGAAUUAGUCGAUACCGGUGACCCGUAUUUAACACUAAGUGAUACAAUAUGUUCUCAAAUAAGCGGCAAAAUUGUACUUGUUAUGAUGGCUGGUGAGCAGGGAUCGCAAAUUCGAGAUAAUAUACCAAUAAAUACUGUCUACAGAGAGAAUCAAAGUCGACAUCAUAUGACCGCUACCUUAUAUGAAGAAAGUAUCUAUCGAAUACGUAUUCAGUUGGAUUGCGAUGAACGCUCUGCUAGGGGUUCAUUUCAACUCAAUUGCAAUCUUGCUUAUAACGUCAAUGUCUUUAUUGAUCUAAACAAUGACGGAAUAUUCGAUGAAUCAGAAAGCCGUGUUCCUCAUCGUUGGCCGCUACGUAGUACAAUGACGACAGGCAUUUAUGAUUUAGAAAUUCCUAUACCUAGUAUCAAUGAACGAACGACGAGAAGUGGUUCACAUAUUAUGCGUGUUGUUGUGAAAUCAAGUGAUGAGUAUACAAGAAAAUGUGGCAGAAUUGACUACAAUGAAACAAGAGAAUACACAGUCAACAUUAUUCCGAGGACAACAGCGUCUGAUGGAGGUAAAACAUUUCACUAA